AAUUCGGAAUUUUUGUCAAAUUCGUAGAAUUCGUUACAAACGAACGUUGGUAUACUCGGAGCCCAAAAUAACAUGAUUCUCAGAACGAUAAGGUAACUCCUCCUCAGUCUUAUUUGAUAGUGUACAAGUCUUAGAAAUUUCUGGUGCAUACUAUAAUGGCAGCUGCAAUCUCAACUGGUUCCGCGGUACAAAAGCUAUACACCAAUCAAUUUGAAGUAUGUCACAACAGACUGAUUAAUUUCAGACACUCUCAAAGCUUUUCUCGUACAGGAUUACCGGGACGCCCAAAUAAAUCCUCUCGAAUUUCUUUCAGAAUGAGUUGUGUUCAGCCCGUACAAGCCACAAUGACUGAAGAUUCCAAGACACUCACAGACUUACCAAUACAUGGGAAUGUUGGAAGGUCUAUUUUGGUCAUUGACAACUAUGACAGUUUCACCUACAAUCUUUGCCAGUACCUUGGAGAUCUUGGCGCUAGAUUUGAUGUCUAUCGGAAUGAUGAGUUGACACUGGAAGAAGUAAAAGAGAAAAAUCCAAAAGGAAUUCUUAUAUCGCCUGGUCCUGGCACACCACAGGAUUCAGGUAUUUCAUUACAAAUUGUUGUUGAACUUGGGCCUACGGUACCUUUGUUUGGAGUUUGCAUGGGUCUCCAGUGCAUUGGAGAGGCAUUUGGAGGAAAUAUUGUGCGUUCUCCUUAUGGAGUUAUGCAUGGAAAAAAAUCUUUGAUUUAUUAUGAUGAGAAAGGAGAAGAUGGCAUCCUUGCAGGACUUUCCAACCCCUUCACUGCUGCACGAUAUCACAGCCUUGUUAUUGACAAAGAAAGCUUUCCUCAUGAUGAACUUGAGAUUACAGCCUGGACUGAUGAUGGCCUUAUCAUGGGUGUUCGCCAUAAGAGGUACAAACAUAUUCAGGCUGUGCAGUUCCAUCCAGAAAGUAUUAUUACUUCUGAAGGAAAACAAAUCGUUCAAAAUUUUAUCGACAUGAUAGAGCACCUUGAAGGACAAAAACCUACCUGAUGCUUAAGUACUUGUGGGGGAGACUGAGUGAAAUGGUAACCAUGUCGAAUAGAUCCCAACUUUAUUCAUCCAUUUUUUCAUCUGUUGACAGAAAGAAUAAUGGACAUGGGAGGAUCUUGUGUUCCUAUUACCCAUUUACCUACUUAGAUUAUAGUAUAUAAUGGGUAUGCAAUUCAGUAUCUACAAUUGCUUUAUGUAUUUUUGGUUUUUCAGUUAGGAAGAUAAGACAGUUUAAAAAAUAAGAAUUUUUAUUUUCUUCUCCUACCAAUUAAGGUUUUCUAUCCCCAUCAUUUUUUUGGAUUGGUGAUACUUGUAGCAGAUCAAGAAAUCCAAUUAUAAGUUAUCUCUCAUGUAUAAACUUUUGAACCAAUUUUCAUACCACCACCUACCUAAAGAAGAUCCUCUUGUCUUUGCAUUCCAUGUUUUCUAGCUUUCUAUGCAAACAUUAAUGUAAAGUGCUCAGCUAUUCAUUCA